GGCCUCCCUCGGCUCUGUGCGCAGCGCCAGGCGGUGCGGGGCGCAAGGACGUCACUAGGCCGCGACGCGCACUGUUUGACAUACUUGUGACCCGCCUUCCGGAAGGAAGCUCAGCGGCUGACCAUGGCGACCGCCGCGGAGCAGUGGGUCCUGGUGGAGAUGGUACAGGCUCUCUAUGAGGCCCCUGCUUAUCAUCUCAUUUUGGAAGGAAUUCUAAUACUCUGGAUAAUCAGACUUCUUUUCUCCAAAACUUACAAAUUACAAGAACGAUCUGAUCUUACAAUCAAGGAAAAGGAAGAAUUGAUUGAAGAGUGGCAACCAGAACCUCUUGUUUCUCCUGUUUCAAAAGACCAUCCUGCCCUCAACUACAACAUUGUUUCAGGCCCUCCAAGCCACAACAUUGUGGUGAAUGGAAAAGAAUGUGUAAACUUUGCCUCCUUUAAUUUUCUUGGAUUGCUGGAUAAUCCUAGGGUUAAGGCAGCAGCUUUAGCUUCUCUAAAGAAGUAUGGAGUGGGAACCUGUGGCCCUAGAGGAUUUUAUGGCACAUUUGAUGUUCAUUUGGAUUUGGAAGAGCGCCUGGCAAAAUUUAUGAAGACCGAAGAAGCCAUUAUAUACUCAUAUGGAUUUUCCACCAUAGCCAGUGCGAUCCCUGCUUAUUCUAAGAGAGGAGACAUUGUAUUUGUAGAUAGAGCUGCCUGCUUUGCUAUUCAGAAAGGAUUACAGGCAUCACGUAGUGACAUUAAGUUAUUUAAGCAUAAUGAUGUGGCUGACCUAGAGCGACUACUAAAAGAACAAGAGAUCGAAGAUCAAAAGAAUCCUCGUAAGGCUCGUGUAACUCGACGUUUCAUUGUAGUGGAAGGAUUAUAUAUGAAUACUGGAACUAUUUGUCCUCUUCCAGAAUUGGUUAAAUUAAAAUAUAAAUACAAAGCAAGAAUCUUUUUGGAAGAAAGCCUUUCAUUUGGAGUCCUUGGAGAGCAUGGCCGAGGAGUCACUGAACACUAUGGAAUCAGUAUUGAUGAUAUUGAUCUUAUUAGUGCCAACAUGGAGAACGCACUUGCUUCCAUUGGAGGUUUCUGCUGUGGCAGAUCAUUUGUAAUUGACCAUCAGCGACUCUCUGGCCAGGGAUACUGCUUUUCAGCUUCAUUACCUCCUUUGUUGGCUGCUGCUGCCAUUGAAGCCCUCAACAUCAUGGAAGAGAAUCCAGGUAUUUUUGCAGUGUUGAAGAAAAAGUGCCAGCAAAUACAUAAAGCUUUACAAGGCAUUUCUGGAUUAAAAGUAGUAGGGGAGUCCUUCUCUCCAGCAUUUCACCUACAACUGGAAGAGAGCACUGGGUCUCGAGAGAAAGAUGUGAAACUGCUUCAGGAAAUCGUAAAUCAGUGCAUGAGCAGAAGUAUUGCAUUAACUCAGGCCCGCUACUUGGAGAAAGAAGAGAAGUGCCUCCCUCCUCCAAGCAUUCGGGUCGUGGUCACAGUAGAACAGACAGAGGAGGAACUGGAGAGAGCUGCGUCCACCAUCAAGGAGGUGGCCCAAGCUGUCCUGCUCUAGGUGGAGUCCAGCACCCAGUGGCUCCUGCCACAGACAUGCAGACAGGACUUCUCGGAGACCUCUUGCUGACUAGGGGUGACCUAAAGAGAACUCGAGGACGUCUAUAGGAUUGCUUCCAAAUGGCAUGAAUAUGGACCAAAUGUGUGACCAUGAGAAGGAUGAAUGCUUCUGAUUUUUAAAAGAAAACACAUCUAAAGCCCAGGAACUGAUUUUCUAAGAGAAAGACUAAUGAUGAUGUGUAACUAGUAUUUAAAUUGUGCUAUUUAGUGCUGUUUAAAUGUUCUGUUAUACUAGUAUUUUAUAUUCUUUGUUGUUAUCGUCUUGUAAAACCAGAACUUCAGUUUCUCUUCUCCCUUCUGUAGUAAUGACUCUGUAAGCACUCCUUAAUAUUUCAUUGAAAAAUGACUUUGCAACUUAAUUAAAGCUAAGAGGAAUACUUCAUAUGUGAACUUACUACUGAAGAGUUAAUUCAACCAUAUCUUUUCUAGUUUUCAUCAUAUAAAGCUAAAUCAUGUCUAAUAUGCAAAGAAAUACUUUUUUUGUGAUUAUCAUAAAUUUCAUUAUAAUAUAUUUGAAUCCUAGAAUUUUAUAUAUACUAAAUAUUGGUGUUAUACCAUUUCUAAUUUGAGCAUCUAUCCCUAACCAGAGAAUAUUCAUUCUACUUACUAAGCGAGCAAUAAUUUAAAUAAAACACUAUUUUAUUUUAAUAUAAUUGACCUUUAAGUUUAUUCUGUGUUGAUUUCUAAUCUUCUUUAGGAAGAAGGUUGUUUUGUUGACCCUCAAAUUCAAAUCAUGUCCUUGAUAUUUUAGACUAUCUCAAAUGUUCUUUAUUUUGUAGUAGGUUUGCCUAGGGACAUAAAAUGACAGGCUUUUUCUAGGGUAAGAAAAAAAUGAGAACUUUUUCUUUUCAUCUUAUGGAUUCCAGAUAUCUAAGGAAGAUGUGAAAGCACUAAAAAUAAAAUAUUAAGCUGUACUGUAGCUAUUUUUUUCUUUAGCAAGUGAAGUUAAACGGUGUAAAGGUUUCUGAUAUGUGCUACAAGAUAGCACACAAGCAUUACACCAUUAUUCCUUCUUUUAUUAAAAAAUAAAGAAAAUUGUAAAAGAUAAUGUCAUUUUUGUAACCUGUGUUAAUGUUAACAAGUAGUCUUCAACAUCUUUUUAAAUGACACAUAAUUUUUUAAUGUUGUUUCUGUUUUGCUUGAGGUAUUUCAUACAUAUGUGCCUUGUGAUUGCUGCUGCUUUAAAGGAUACAGUACUGUCCAGGGGAUGAAUCUUGCUUAGUUUUUUUAAUGAAAUAAAUGGACAUUCCUGAUGA